UUCGGAGGGCAGCCCGUAUGACACUAAACCCACGUUACGAGUACAGGCUGAGAACAAAAAGGUCGGCUCAGCAUUUCGUGUAUUCCCCGGGACGGUAACGUUACUCCGGAGGGCUGAGCGAGUGGAGCUAGCUGCUCGAGCCGGAGCCCGCCAGGAGACAACGCUUAGCACAGCCGUUAGCUCGGAGGCCACGAGCUAACUUCAGACUUUAAAUCAUCCGUAUCUGUGUGACACUGAGCUGCGGAGCCCCUGGAUCUGCCCCAGACAACAGAACCACCUGCUGUGCACAGUUUUUUUUGUCUCAUUGUUUACAUUUCUUCCGUCAGCGGGACGCCUUGCACAAACAGAGGAGGACAUCUGCAUCAAGGACCUGCCUGUAUUUCAUCACCGUUGCUUCGAAGACUUUCCUUGUCCUGGAAUUAAAUUCACCUGAAUUUCAGAGGCAGAUUAAUGGUGAAAACAAUGAAAUUCCGUGACAUUGCCCAAGAGGGCAACCUCAAGAUGGCCACAUACAUUUGUGUUGAUUCUCUGAGCAGUGUGAGGAGAAGCCCCAUCCCCUAGUUAUCUUCAUGAAGGCCUUUUUCUGACAAAAGAUAAGGGCCACUUGGGGCCAGGAGUUGGAGAGCCGUACCUCUAUUAUCAUUUGCUCUGCACGCUGAUUUCAACUAUUUGAUAGAGUUCAGCAUCUUCCUGAAGUCAAGAUGGUGCUUUUCUUCAACCCUUUUGACAACUUGGUGUGUCUCCUGCUUGGCAUCUCCUUCACCGUGUGGUUCACCCUGCUGCUGGUCUUCAUUAUUGUGCCUGCCAUUUUUGGAGUGUCUUUUGGAAUCCGACGACUCUACAUGAAAACCUUGUUAAAGAUCUUUGAGUGGGCCACACUUAGGAUAGAGAGAGGAGCCAAAGAGAAGAAUCACCCUUUGUACAAACCCUACUCUAAUGCUAUCAUUGCCAAGGAGCCCACCUCUUUGGAGGAGGAGAUCAAGGAGAUCCGGCGGAGCGGCAGCAACAGAGACCUGGACUCAGCCUCUGAGUUUGAGAUGUCUGACAUCUUCUAUUUUGCUCGACGAGGAGUGGAGAGCAUCAUGGACGAUGAGGUGACCAAGAGGUUCUCUGCUGAGGAGUUGGAGUCCUGGAAUCUGUUGACCCGCAGCAACAACAACUUCCACUACAUCAGCCUGAGGCUGACCGUCCUAUGGGGGCUGGGCCUGCUGAUCCGCUAUGGCUUCCUGCUGCCUCUCAGGGUAACUCUGGCCUUUACUGGUGUAGGCCUCCUUGUGUUCCUCACCUGUCUUGUUGGGCUACUGCCGAAUGGAAGGCUGAAAAACUUCCUGAGUGAAAAGGUCCAUUUGAUGUGCUACAGAAUAUGUGUCAGAGCUCUGACUGCCAUUAUAACCUACCAUGACAGUGAAAAUAAACCCAAAAAUGGAGGAAUCUGUGUUGCCAACCACACCUCACCGAUCGAUGUCAUCAUCUUGGCCAGUGAUGGCUGCUAUGCUAUGGUUGGCCAAAUUCAUGGUGGCUUGAUGGGAGUCAUUCAGAGAUCCAUGGUCAAGGCUUGUCCCCAUGUGUGGUUUGAACGCUCAGAAGUCAAAGACCGACACCUAGUGGCCAAAAGACUGAGUGACCAUGUAGAAGAUAAGUCAAAACUGCCUAUUCUUAUUUUUCCAGAGGGUACCUGUAUUAACAACACAUCAGUUAUGAUGUUUAAGAAGGGCAGUUUUGAGAUUGGUGCCACAGUCUACCCUGUGGCCAUCAAGUAUGAUCCCCGCUUUGGAGAUGCCUUCUGGAAUAGCAGUAAAUUUGGAAUGGUCAACUACCUGUUGCGAAUGAUGAGCAGUUGGGCUAUCGUCUGCAGCGUGUGGUACCUUCCCCCCAUGUCUAGAGAGGAGGGUGAGGAUGCCGUACAGUUUGCCAACCGUGUAAAGGCAGCCAUAGCCAGACAAGGUGGACUUGUCGACCUCUUGUGGGAUGGAGGAUUAAAGCGUGGAAAGGUUAAAGAUACCUUUAAAGAAGAGCAGCAGAAGCUGUACAGUAAAAUGCUGGUGGGAACCCAAGAGGACCGCAGUCGCUCAUGAAGGACCUUUGUGGAGGUGAACUGGCUCAGAAACUCACUUGGGCACCUCUGACUGAAUAGGCAGUCAGCAGGGCUCACAUCCUCUCUAUCGGAGCUCCCGGACUGGAAAAUUCCCUCUCUGAUGUCAACAGCACUCCAUUUGGCUUCCUCGGUCACUGCCUCAGCUUGGCAUGUUCAGUUUGCGUCGCUGUUACGGGUCAGUCUGAGUCUGCUGCCCUUUGUUGGAAAAGCUCGACUGAAGCCUUGCUUCUAAAAGCAAGGUAUGCACAGUACAGGAGCAUUGUCUUCCUUGGUGGCUGAAUUUUAAGGGAAAACUUGUAUUAUUAUUAUUAUCCAUCAUUGAGUUCCUGUCUUUGUUUGAUAGUUUCAACUUUUUAAUUUGGAUUUGACUGUCAUAUUUUUUUCACACUUUGUUAAAGUUACAGACCUGAUUAUACCUGGGGUGUAGAUGAGUUAUUGUAGAUGAAACCUUGUUCUUAAGCUAAACCUGUAACUGAGUUGGGGUUUUGCAUGUCUGGCUCCUGCCCAUAAUUUAGGGCACAAUGCCAGAUUUUGUUACAUUUCAGAUAUUUUUAUUAAGACUUUUUACAUUAAGACUUAAAUCAACACAUGUGGUCACUAUGGGAGAUGCAAUGCAGGUGAGCUCUUGAUAUGUGGUCUGUUUCUGUGUUAUUUCCAUGGAAUGUGUAAAACCUCACAUUAUGAAGUGGAAAUUGUGCACCCACAAUUACUCUGAUGGAGGCAGAUACUCCUGUUUCAGCUAAUAAUGCAGCAUGACAGGAGUAAAAGGAUUUAACAGUCAUUCAUUAAGAAUUAACUUAGGGUUUGCUUUUAGCAUUGUCCCUUAAGGCCUAUGGUGCAGUUAGUGAUGUAAGAUAAUGACCAUCACAAUUGGUCAGAAUGACAAUUAGCUGGUACACAUCCAUACUAAUACACUUGCUAACAGGCAUCAUGUUUUCAUUGGCUUCCUGCUUGUGCAGUGACCAUUCUGCCCAAUUUAUUUUAAGUGAAAUCUUAAAGCUAUUAUCUUUAUUCCCCCCCAUCAGUCUCCCACUUGGCAGCCACAGAGUGCAGCUGUAGUUUGGACUCCCAUUUAGGCGAGAAUUGAGCAACAUGGUGGACAGCCUUCAGGGCUCUCAUCCCUCUAUUUUGCUGUUAUCAGGGAUCAUCAUUUAGAAGGUGUCAGAUCUGUUCAUCAAAAUAAAUGUUCAAGAAUGUGACUUGG